GAAGAGUGGCAGAAGCAGCAAUGGUUCCUUCGGGAAGGGAAUCCUUUUGAACUUGAAAGUUUGAAGUUUCUUGGGUUGUGCAGAUUCAUGAGGCCCAGGAAGGCACCCCGAAAAGAAUCCACAGCAACUGACAAUGGCUGUGUUUUGUGGAGCAGCCUGCAGGAGGACAUCUUUUAGGUGCUCUCGGCUGCUGUCAACCUAUGUCACUAAGACCCGGUAUUUAUUUGAACUGAAGGAAAAUGAUGAUGCCUGUAGAAAAGCCCAGCAGACAGGAACAUUUUACCUCUUUCACAACCUGGCUCCCUUACUUCAGGAAUCAGAACAUGGGUAUCUGGUCCCCCAGCUUAGCCGAUCAGAGUUGGAAGGGGUCCUGGCUAAGUUUGGACAGGAUGCACAAAGAAUAGAAGAGUCCGUGCUGAUUGGAUGCUCCGACCAGCGUGAGGCGUGGUUCGCGCUGGAUCUGGGUCUGAAAAGCUCCUCCUCCAAACAUGUCUCCUUACCACAAUCUGAAAUGGAGGCAGAGCUCAAAGGUUCUUUCAUUAAGCUGAGGAAGGUUCUUUUUCAGCUGAAUCCGACGGAUUCCUCCUUGCUGUUCACGGCCCAGGCUCUUCUCCACUGGCACGAUGGCCAUCAAUUCUGCAGCAGAAGUGGACAGCCCACCAAGAAGAACCUGGCUGGCAGCUGGCGUGUGUGUCCUUCCAAUAAGAUCAUCUACUAUCCACAGAUGGCUCCUGUGGUGAUCACUCUUGUGUCUGAUGGGCCUCGAUGCCUGCUUGCCCGCCAGAGCUCCUUCCCCAAGGGAUUUUACUCUGCCUUGGCGGGUUUUUGUGAUAUCGGUGAAAGUGUGGAAGAGGCUAUCCACCGAGAAGUGGCAGAGGAGGUGGGACUGGAAGUGGAAAGACUGGAGUACUCUGCCUCCCAGCACUGGCCCUUCCCUAACAGCUCGCUCAUGAUUGCGUGCCAUGCCACAGCGAAACCAGGGCAGACGGAGAUUCAGCUGAACUUGAGAGAACUCGAGGCAGCUGCCUGGUUCAGUUGUGAUGAGGUGGUCUCAGCCCUGAAGAGAACGGGCACCUCUAUGCAACCCAAAGACGAGACUUUCCCAUUCUCACUGCCCCCCAAGUUAGCCAUUGCCCACCAACUGAUUAAGGAGUGGGUAGAAAAACAGACGUGUUCUUCCCUGAGUGCUCAGUCCAGGAUUAAGCCAUCUAGGUCCCUCCUGGGAGGUGCUGCAGGGCAUGCCAGAGAUCCACUGUAAAGGAACGGUGACUCAAGGCCAGCUCCAGGCCAACCUCAUGAGGCAGAGGGGAAGGUGACUCCAUGGCAAGAUACCUCUGUCAACAAUGUUAAUGAAAGAAGCUCUUACUUACAGGCAGCCAAAAAUGCCAGUGUAAGCUGGGAAUGGCAAGGGCCUGCAGUCCCAGCCACUUUUGGAAGCUCAAGCAGAAGGACCACUGAGGUAGGAGUGCGGGAGCCAAGCUGGGCCAACACUUCAAAAGAAAAGAAACCCGAAACAGCCAGGAGAGCUGAUGAGACAGCAAGGGAAAGGGUGCUCAUUGGUGUGCAUGAAGGCCAUUUUCUCCAAUGUCUGGGAGCAAACAUCCUCUGACAUGUGGCUUCUUAUUGCUGCUUUACACUAGCAGCCAAAGCGUGCCCAGGGUGAUUUUGGUUAAAAUCUUUAUCAACCUUAGUAUCAAAAAUACAUAGUAAUGCCGGGCGUGGUGGCACAUGCGCCUUUAAUCCCAGUACUCAGGAGGCAGAAGUAGGAGGAUCGCCAUGAGUUCAAGGCCACCCUGAGACUACAGAGUUAAUUC